AUGCCAUUAAAUAGUCCAACUGUACUUCUCUCUAGUAGUUAUUUCCAUUUCAUAAUGGCUUUCUUUACAUAUAUUCUACUGCGGUUUGUUAUCAUUGCCCCCUUUGGCCGACAUGCCCAUACCACCACUGUACACAUCACACUCCCCGCCUCUCUUGCAUGGGCACUGCAGGAAUGUCCAACACUCUUGAAUGUAUUUUAUUAUAUACUGCUGGAGUAUCCAUCCUAUUCACAGCACUGCAGUACUGGAGAUUGGAUAAGACAAGUAAUGUAUACACUAAAUAAUAAUAAUAAUAAUAAUAAUAAUAAUAAUAAUAAUAAUAAUAAUAUAUUAAUAAUGCCCACUAUCUAUAAAGGUGUAACGACAUUGCAUGUGGGAAUACUUCUCUUUGUAUUACAUUACAUUCAUCGUAGUUUAUUUUAUCCAUUAUUCGUCCGGCAGUCUACACCUGUUCCUCUGCAUAUUAACAUAAGUGCCACCCUUUAUUGUCUUUUUAAUGGCCGUCUGCAAUUAUUGGCAAAUGUACGAAAUCCUUCCAUCUUUUCAUCUUCUUUUCACUCUUUUGGGUGGACUUUCUUGUUUCUAUUAGGCAUUCUCAUCUUCUUUGCUGGUAUGGCUGUGAAUAUGUAUGCCGAUUAUUAUCUUAUUGCUCUUAAGAGACGACCCCCAUGCUUUGUGUAUAAAAUUCCACAUGGUGGAUUAUUUGAAUAUGUCAGUUGUGUAAACUUUCUUGGUGAGAUCGUGGAGUGGUGUGGAUAUACACUUGUUGUCUGGUCCACUGCAGCCACAGGCAGUAAACCUGAAGCUGGACUCGCAGCUUGUAGUUUUGCAGUCUAUGUUGUGGCCAAUCUACUCCCACGAGCACAGGCUCAUCAUGCGUGGUAUAUCAAACAGUUUGGAAAUAGAUACAAGAAACUUCAACGAAAGGCAUUGAUUCCAUACGUAUGCUAA